UGGCCUCUCUCGCCCUCGCCUCAACGGAAGGGGCAGAGGGGGGUCAACCCCCGCUCCCCCUGCCUGCCUAAGCCCCCACCUCGUUCUGCAACUACACUCAUCCGCCUGUGUCUCAGUUUUUGAUACUGGUGUGCUUGUGUGAGAGAGAGAGUGCGCUUGUGUGCGUGGAAGGGGACUCUGCUCCUGCGCUGGGUCUAUUACAUUCAAACAUUGUGCAGGAGAGCCUCUUAUCUCCUGCACACUGCUUCUCAUCCUGCCUGGUGCCCUCCCUUCUUCUGGUUCCUUCGCCCUCUUAUUAGUCCAUCUCCAAUCUCUCUCUCUAACCUCACUUCCCAUGGGAGAAUCCCUCCUCUCCUCCCUCUGGUUACUCACCAAACGCGUCUGCGCCGGAGCUGUGGUCGGCAUCACUCUGUCUGACAGGAUUGGCAGCGUGGCUACCAUGCAUGGGCGAUCCAUGCAGCCCACUCUAAAUCCAGCUGAAGAUGAUCCGUGGGGUUACCUGAAUGCGGAUUUGCUCUUCUUGGAGAAGCUUUCCCUGCGAACCUACAACUUCUCUCGUGGGGAUGUUGUCGUCUUCAGGUCCCCGUUGGAACCAAAAAUGUGGUUGGUGAAGAGGUUAAUUGCUUUGCAAGGUGACUGGGUGACUGUGCCGGGAACAUAUGAUAUCCUUCAGGUGCCCAAAGGACAUUGCUGGGUUGAAGGUGACAAUGCAGAGAUCAGUUUGGAUUCAAAGUCGUUUGGCCCAAUUCCAUUAGGGUUGAUGAAAGGAAAAGUGACUCAUGUGGUGUGGCCACCUAGUAGAUUUGGCCCUGUGGCGAGUCACCUUCCAGAAGGGCGUGUUCUCUCACAGAAAGCGGGCACCAGAACUUAUCCGUAGGUGUUCCUUUUUUUGGUGAAGAGAGCAAAAUUUAGAGCUGCUGACAUGCGUUGUCGGUCAAUUCUGGACUACUUAACUGUCCGAUUGUCACCAUCGAUUCGGAAUUCCUUGCCGGGCUUGCGGACCGAGCAACUGGGCAUUUGGGAAGUAAUUGCAGAGCAACGUUGUCGGAUUUGAAAUGCAGAUACAGACGAUCACGCAAGUUUGCAUCAGGGAAUCAACCCAUUCACUGCUGCGAGUCUGCUUCCUUCUUGAUUGCAGCAGGCUUUUCGUUUACUCCGCAGGACUUCGGAGACUGCACGCUCAAUGUCGAGAUAACUUUGCUUCCAUGAAAUUUGGUUCGAAGUGGUUACGUCGCAUUGAGACAACUGCCAACAAUAUCAACUCACAAUGAUCUGAUCGCCAACAUUACCAUAGAAAAAGUUUUCUCAGUCUGCCCAGUCUAGUAAUGCAUGCCCGAGCUGUGGAGAUGAACUGUAGUAGUGUCCUGCCGAAAUCUUCAUUGGGACAUUUUCGAAUUUCCCAGUACCCCGCAUUUUCUCUAGAUUCCAGCCAGUUUACGGUUUUCAAACCAGCUUCGAGUCUGCUGACGAAAGACUCUCAAGUGGGAUUAGUCUGAUUAUAGGAAGUUCAAGUUAGCAAUUGAUUAGGUUCAUCCGUCAGCAGUAUAACAUUGUUGCACUUCCAGGUUUUAAAUUCUCGAGGUGGUGCCUAGGGAGUAAGUCCUCGCAUGGCCAAGAGAUCAGUCGUCCCGGAUCAGAAUUGUUGCAGAAUACAGGUGUUUUUUUUCUUUCAUAAAAUCACUUCAAGAUCUCUUUUGUGAUCAUUCGUUCGGCCAA